UUCCCCCCGUUCUCUCUCUCUCUCUCUCGGAGCUCACGUUGUUGAGAAGAAAAGGAGGAGGGAGGUUUCGAAGGUGGCUUCAAAUUUGAAGCAACGGAGCUCUCGAUCGCCGCCGGUAAACCCUAGGCUCGAAUCACGCCCCCGGUAAAUUUAGCGGACUGGUGUCUGAUCGGCUGAAUGAAACCCUAGUGCGGUGGCAGAGGGGAAGCCGAAGGGUCGGAGCUGUGGACGGUUAUAAAGUUCCUCUUAGGUCGUGGAUCAGGGCAGGUGAUUUUGAUCGUCUCGAAGAGAGCUUGAGGGAAUUUGUUUGGACUUGAUGCAUAGGUUUUCGAUUCCAAGUGCAUUCUAGGUUUUGAAGGCUGGUUCUCGUGGAAGGAUUUUGUGUUUUUUGCGUCCGGAGAGGAUGAGUAGCAGGAAAGAGGAGGAGAGGAAUGAGAAGGUUAUUAGGGGUCUGAUGAAGCUCCCUCCGAAUCGUAGAUGUAUCAACUGCAAUGCAUUGGGUCCUCAGUACGUUUGUACAAACUUUUGGACUUUUGUAUGCAUAGCAUGCAGCGGGAUACACCGGGAAUUUACUCAUCGUGUAAAGUCUGUGUCCAUGGCUAAAUUUACAGCACAGGAGGUGGAGGCUCUUCAAAAUGGAGGCAAUCAGCGUGCCAGAGAACUGUACUUGAAGGACUGGGAUAUGCAGAAUAUGAAACUUCCUGAUAGCAGUUAUCCAGACAAAAUUAGGGAAUUUAUAAAAGGCGUUUAUGUGGAAAAGAAGUAUGUUGGUGGAAGGUCUUUUGAUAAGCCUCCCAGGGAUCCACUGGGCUUCAUGACUCAUGAAGAGCAUAGGAGGGCCAGCUCCUAUCAUUCUUUUUCUCAGAGUCCACCUUAUGACAAUCAGUAUGAAGAUAGACGGUAUGGAAAACCAAGAAACAUGCUUACUAGAAAGCCAGGUUCAGAUCACGGUCACUAUGAAGGGAAUAUCUCGAGCAUCUUAGACAGUCCUGGUCGAGUUAGAGAACAUAUGUAUGAGGAUCAGUUUGCUAAUGAGAGUUCACGCUCGCGGAUUAGUGACUACUCUGUAUCUAGUGCUGGCGAUCCUUUUAGAUCCACUGACCAGUCACCAAGAAUAUAUAAUGAGCAUUCGACACAAAGGUCUGCUUCACUAGGCAGCUUUGGGUCCUUUGAUGGUAAAUCACUCCAUAAAAAAUCUGCCAAUUCUGGCGCCUUAUCUGAUGCAGUUCUUCGGCCUGAAGAUGCUUCUGUAAUAAAGCAGCCCAAUCAAUCCACAAGUUCCUCAUUAGAGACAUCAGCUCCACCACAAGCUGCCGUGAUUGACCUUUUUAGUCUACAAUUUACACAGCUAAAGGAUUCAAAGACUUCUGUGGAUCUUUUUGCGGACUUCAGUAAUCAGCCUUCUUGCAGUUACCCCCUUGAAAACAAGCAUUCUUGCAGUUACCCUCCUGAAAAUAAGCCAUUACCAAUUCCUAGUUCGCAAAAUGAUGGUUGGGCCAUGUUUGACACAAUUCACCUAGCGGCACCUAAUUCUGAGGCAAACAAAGCCCUUCCUUCUGGGAUUCCUUCGUCCAGUAAAGUGCCUACUGAGAUAAUUGAUCCAUUCUCAUCCAAACAUGACACCUCACAAUUAUUCACAGCUAAAAAAUCCACAUUUGAUGGGGAAGCUACGGCCACAACAAACCAAUGGCAGGCAGGUUUUACCGAAGUUCAAAAUGCUGCAACCUUCAGUGCUCCGGUAUGGAAUGCUUUUGAUGAUUCGUUUCAAAAAGGUUCUCCAGCUUUUUAUGUGAAUUCAUUGCAUGAGACUUGUGGUUUGGUAAAUGAAUCUUCCAUCUUUGGUGGUCAGCAUAGCGAUGUGGCGCUACCAAAGACAAGUAGCACUCAAGAAUGGAAAUCAACAAAUCCAUUUGAUAUAUCCUACGAUGUGGAUGCAGGAGCCAGCAAUAUGUUCCUUGACGUGAGUUCUUUGCAAGGUGCGCUGCCAAAUGCUCAGUUGCCAAACACAUAUCUGGAAGGUUUAUCUCAGCCAUGGUUCCAACAUAAUUCUGCUUCAACAUUCAGCCCUACUAUACCCCAAGCCGGAUUUCCAUACGUGGGAGGACAGGUUCCAAGCUCGCAGUUGCCGAAGAGAACAUCACAAGGCUCCUCUGCAUCUGGAAAUCCCUUCGCAUAGGAAAGUCUAAAUAGGAGACUUCCACACAAAGUUCUGAGCCGUGCUGAGUUGACUCCAUCCUCCGCGGGAUUUCGUCAUCCGUCCAUUCCGGCUGAGCACCGGUCAGGUACAAGCAAGCAUUUUGGAUGCGACCCGCUUGGUUCGCAGUAUAUUAUUCCGCUAGUUAUGAUCAUCUGGUUAUCUGACUGUGGAGCAGACAGAUAAGUAGAUGUCUGGUUUCGUUUGAGGUCUCAUCCCAGUGGUAAAGGAGGUAGGUAAUGCUGAUGACCAACUAUUAACGCUAGUUAUGCAAUACAUUAAGCUUGCAUUUUGAUAUCAAUUAAUUGAUUUGUCUAUUAUAUUCUGAUUGAACUUGAUGUGAAACCCAUUUUGUGGUUUUGUAUGGGUUCAUGGGUUUGUUCUUCGUUCGACUCGUCUAAAACUCGAUUCGUUUGUAAUGGACUUUAGGUUCAACUUAUUCGAUAAAUCGGUAGCGGUAUUUGAUCUGUAGUGCUCCCUGAAAAAUGGGUUAGAUUGCAAAUAAUCAUGGUAGUUGUUUAUGAAAUACAUUCUACUGUCAGGUAUUCCGAUCCUUUUCAUGAUCAUUA